AUGGAUGCGCUUUACGCCACGCUGUCCUGCGCCGUGCCGCGCCACGCCGCAUACACGAGAAAACCUCAUAACAUCACACUAUUCGGCGUUCCCCUAGCAGACUCUUCAGAAUAUCAGCGUUCCAGACGAGGGCCCCUAGAUAAGCAGCACGGUGUGUACUGGAUAUGCACCGUGUGGCUGGCCUGGCCUGCGUCGAUUAAUGGGUCGUUUAAGCUGGGGGCGGCCCGAGUGUUGUCAGGGUGGCAGUGUUUAGCUCCUGCACUGCAGGAAAACGACAACAUGAACGGAGCGACUGAGACACAGGACAUCCUCCCUCCCAACUGCAUGGUGAAGGAGCGUUGGAAAGUGCUGAAGAAGAUUGGUGGUGGAGGGUUCGGAGAGAUCUACGAGGCUCUGGAUCUGCUGACGAAGGAGAACGUGGCUCUGAAGGUGGAAUCGGCUCAGCAGCCCAAACAGGUGCUGAAGAUGGAGGUGGCAGUGCUGAAGAAACUGCAGGGUAAGAACCACGUGUGUAAGUUCAUCGGCUGUGGGAGAAAUGACAAGUUCAACUAUGUGGUCAUGCAGCUUCAGGGGCGGAACCUGGCAGAUUUGAGGCGGAGUCAGCCGCGUGGAACCUUCACCAUGAGCACAACGCUACGUCUGGGAAAACAGAUCCUGGAGUCCAUCGAGGCUAUUCACUCUGUCGGCUUCCUGCACAGAGACAUUAAACCGUCAAAUUUUGCCAUGGGGAGACUGCCGUCCACGUACAGGAAGUGCUACAUGCUGGACUUUGGGCUGGCGAGGCAGUACACCAACACUAACGGAGAAGUGAGGCCGCCCAGAACCGUAGCUGGUUUCCGUGGCACAGUCCGGUACGCUUCCGUCAAUGCUCACAAAAACAAGGAAAUGGGUCGCCAUGACGACUUGUGGUCUCUGUUCUACAUGUUGGUUGAGUUUGCGGUUGGUCAGCUGCCCUGGAGAAAGAUCAAAGACAAGGAGCAGGUGGGUCAGGUAAAGGAGCGUUAUGAUCACAGGAUGCUGCUGAAGCACAUGCCCUCUGAGUUCAACAUCUUCCUUGAGCACAUUUUAAGCCUGGACUACUAUACUAAGCCUGACUAUCAGUUGCUGAUGUCAGUGUUUGAAAACAGUAUGAAGGAGCGCAUCAUCAUGGAGAACGAGCUGUAUGACUGGGAGAAGAGCAGCACAGAGUCCAUGCUGUCCACCAACACACAUUCAACACAGCAACACACACGGCCUACUGCAGCCAUGGCCAGAGUGCUAAACGUGAGCCCGGUCCCAGGGGACCUGCAGAGAGAGAACACAGAUGAUGUUCUGCAAGAUGAGCACCUGAGCGAUCAGGAGAACGCCCCGCCAAAUCCUGCACCUGCGACUGCAGAGAACAGUCCAGCACCCCCUGAUGGAGACGAGUGGGACAGCACUGACAUCAACCGCAACAAAUUGAGAAUUAGCCUGGGAAAGGAGGAGGAGGGUAUCCGAGGGGUGUGUCCUGUCUCACCACAGAGAGGAGGGGGAGGGGCGGAGUCUCCCAGCGCACACAUGCGCUCUCUCAGGUCACGGAUGGACGCUCUCGGCUCUCCGUCCCGCCAUCUUUAUUCCUCACAGCCAGCGCAGAUGUUGUCCGUUGAUGGUUGUCGUGGAGACCGCUGCCGCAACGACGGCUCUGAGGCACACAGCAACGCCUUCAUCCGGUCCGUGCCUCUAGCCGAGGAGGAGGACUUUGACAGCAAGGAGUGGGUCAUCAUCGACAAAGAGGCGGAGCUCAGGGACUUCCAGCAUCGCCCACUAGGGGCGGAGCCCACUACAUCCGGAACUACGGACGAUGAGCCGGAGGAGCUCCGCCCACUGGAGGAACAGGCUACACGGCCCAGACUGAACGCUAGAGUCUUAGCCGAGGGGGAGAUGGCAAAGCGGAGUGGGCGGGGCCAGCCUACAGACAGUCCUGCACCGUCGCCGUGUCACUCGGGACGAGCCAGACGGAGAGAGUCCGAUCCGAAUACACCUCACAGACCGGUUUCAGUAGCGAGGGACGCUCUCCUGUCUCCGAUGGACUAUCGGACCAAGGCACCGUUUUCCGAGAAAGAAAUGUUCCACAUCCUUCCAAAGCUUCAGGCAAAAAGGGCCGAUUUCCUCACCGUCAUGCUAACCGGAAGCCUCCAUCAGUGCCGGGGCUUCGUGGCCACACCCCCUCACACCCAAGACGACGGGCCGAGGGAAGACGAUGUGACGAAGAGCGAGUCUGACAGUCUGGAUCAGAGCCAGGAUGGACCUCCUUCAACUUUAUUAGCCAUCGACCCUCAGAAAGGACCCAGAGAUCCAGGUUCUGUGGCUGAUGCAGAUCUGGAUCAAGAGGACAUCUCUAAAACUCUGGUUCUGUUCUCACCUGGAGACAUGAGGAAGUCUCUGAAUUCUGGAGCUGGAACAGAUGUUCUUCAGAGUGAAAAGGAAGCUGUGGACCUCCAGACAUGUCUCUUGGAGAAGAACCAACAACCAUCAACAAAAUAUUGUGAUGCAGGUGAUGGUGGAAUCAUCAGUUUAUCACAACCAAAAUGUGACCCACUUAUCUGCACUGCUUCUCCUACAUCUCCUCCUGUGACCAACAUGCAGAAGCACCAACCAGUACAAGAACUUUCAGGGAACCAGAAUGAGGAAAACGAUGGUAGGAUUCCUGGGUUAGGAGUCAAACAAGAGUCUAACCCACUAGCUUCUUUUUCAUAUCCUCCUUUGACCAAGAACCAUCUAGAACAAGAACCUUCCAAGAACCAAUGUGACGAUCCAGAUGAUCUUGGCAUUUCCAGUUUAUUCAGACAAAAGAGCAAUCCCUCAGCCACUGUACUGCUUCCAUCUGGUUCUGCUGCAUCUCCUCCUUUCACCAAAGUGGAGAGAACCUUCACCCACAUUGCUGAGACCACUCAUCUGAACAUCAUGUCAUCCCGAGUACCUCAGGUUCAGGGGGAGAACCCUGAGGUAUCUGAGGACCUUCAGUGUGAGGUGGAACCUCAAACCAGAAGCAUCAUCCUAGAAGCAGGAGGUGUCUGGUCUAAAAUCUCAUCUCGCACUCCAGCACAAGAAACUCAAGGACAUAAUGUAGUUAAUGGACCUGUGCAGAAACAGAAUCCUGCCAAAGUGGACACCACUGUUUCUCUUGUUUCCAUGGAGACGCAGCGACAUGUACAAAGAGAAACUUUACCAGAAAAGCACAAAGAUGAGGUCCAGUGCAGGACAGAAGACAAACCUGGAGGUAAAAGCACAACAUCUCAUCAGAGGAGCAGGAGUCGGAUCCCCAUCCUGGUAUCGGAGGAUAGUGCUGCUGUGGAUCCAUCACUAUCCUGGGAUCAAACCCGGAAACGGUCCAAGCAGCAGGAGUUUGCCCGAUUGGUGCUGGAGAGACAGAGACAGACACUAAACUCCAGGACAUCUUCAUCACUUUCCUCUGGAGAGGAGCCCAGGAGAGCCUCAGAGACUCUGUCCACCACUGAGGAGGACACACACCAAUCAGACGACUCGAUUGGGAAAGUCAAACAGGAAGUUAAGGAGCGAGGGGGUGAGGGGUGGAGCAGCAGGAUCCCUCGACCCGUUACGCCCAUCAAAAGAGCUCCGGCUAAGCUUCUGUUAGCCAUCGCAGCUAAAUCCACUGUGAAACCCAAAACCACAACACACACUGCAAACACUGGGCUGAGGUGUGUGCAGUUUGGAGCCAGUGGGAGGUCUAAAUCUGCUCUGUCCAGGCCGGCUAGUCCUCGAACCCCGCUACGCUGCAUCUUCACCACCUCACGCAGCUUAAACUCCACCCACAGGACACAUAGCCCCUCCCCCCACCGCAUAAUUGGCAGGACUAUCACAAGCUCGCACACUCACAGUGACGGCGCCACACACGGCGUCACACACGGCGUCACACACGGCGGUAAUCGAACCAAAGCUGCUUCAUCUGUUAAACAGACACCUAAAGUGAAGCAGAAACACAACACAACUACAACCAGGUAAUAAUAAUCAUCGUCAUCAUCACCAUCAUCAUCAUCAUCACCACCACUAGCUGAAGAUAAAGAAUUCAGUAAACUGUUUAUUCUGCUCACACACACACUCACUCACACACACACUGUCACUCACUCACACACACUCUCACACUCACUCACUCACACAUAUACACACUCUCUCUCACACUCACUCACACACUCACACUCACUCUCACACACACUCACUCUUACACACUCACUCACACACACUCACUCUCACACUCUCGCACACGCACGUGCACUCACACACACGUACACUCACAUGUACACACUCACAUGCACUCACACACACGUACACUCACACAUUCUCAAACACUCACACGUGUACACACACAUACACACUCUUACACACACUCUCUCACACACACUUGCACACACUCACACGUACACUCACACACGUGCAUUCACACAUUCUCAAACACACACAUGUACACACACAUACACACUCUUACACACACUCUCUCUCUCACACUCGCACACACUCACACGUACACUCACACACAUGUGCAUUCACACAUUCUCAAACACUCACACAUGUACACACACAUACACACUCUUACACACACUCUCUCACACACACUCACACGUACACUCACACACAUGUGCAUUCACACAUUCUCAAACACUCUCACACACACUCGUACACACACACACACAUUCACACAAAAGGGGGAAUUAAGCCUAAACAGUCCAACAGCCCUGAACAUGUUUGGGAGGAAACCCACAUGGACAUGGGGAGAACAACUCCACACAGACAGUAACCUGAGCUCAGGAUGGAACCGGGAACCCUGGAGCUGUGAGGAGACAGUACUACUACACCACCCUCCUGCCCAAUAUUAUUAUUAAUAAUAAUUAACUUAAUUAAAUAUAAAUAUUGUAAAGUGUUAUUUAUUAUAAAAAAUGUAGCCCUGCCCUCUUGUUUCCUAUUGGCUGUUGAAGUUUGUACAUUACUGUAGGGUUUAAUGAUGAAAUCAAUGUAAAUCUGAUACAGGAAGUGAAUCUUAUUUUAAUUAUUAUUUAAUGGUUAUUUGUAUAUAAAGUAUUGGCACAUUUUUGUGUGUGUGUGUGUAAUAGAGAGCGUGAAUAAUGGCUGCACUGUGACUUCCUGUUUGUUUUAUUAUGAGUUACUGAGCUUCCACACUUUCUGUGUUAGUGAUAUACAGCGUCAUGUUUACACUAAACCUCUCUUGUGUUUUUAGUACAAUUAUAAUUAUUCUUUCAGAACAUUUUGACUUUCCCCCUAAUGAAGGAGCAGAUCCACUGUACAGAAAGAAAUCUCAUCAAAGAACACGGAAUUAAACUCAGUAAGUAGACUAUGUUAUGUUAAAGUAAAUACACAAAUGUCAAAGUUACACAAGAAUAAAGGAAUUUAUAAAGCAACUGGAAUAUUUUAUUAUCAUUUAUUUAUUCCCCGCAGCCCCGGAUUAAUUUUUGUGCUUAUUUAAUUGUGGAUUUAUUUUAUUUUAUUUAUUUUUUAAUUUAUUUUCAAAACCAACAUGAAUUUAUUAAUCUACAGAAUCAGUCAUUUCAGUCAUAACUUACAUUUAAACUGUUUGAUAACAGAAAGAUUUGUGUUCCUGUGUAGUCCACCUUGGAUUUAAGUUCCACAGUAAAUAAAACCUACUUCAUGAACUGCUUUGUAGUUUAUUUCUAAUUUCUAAUCAUCCAAACCCU